CAACCAACACGAGCUGAGGCCGCGAUGACGACGACGAUGAUGAGGCUGAGGCAGCACCUGGGCCUGGUCUCCUCCCCUAGUAUUUAUACCUCCGCCAUCGCCAGGUUCGGCAACAACACACCCCAUCGCCGCCGAACAAGUACAUCAACUACUACUCAUAUCACCCAAAAGCAGUUCCUGCUCCUCGUGAUCCUCCUGCUCCUCCUCCUCCUCCUCCUCUUCUCCGUCGUCUUCUUGAUCCCCACCGUCUCGUUGCCCCCAGCUCGGUCUCGGACCAUGUCGUCGUCCGCCUCCGACGCCGCGCCGUUCGAGAAGCCCAGGGCCGUGGUCAAGAAGGUCCUCGCGGAGUCGCAGCCCGAGGGGCAGGGCGCCACCGUCCGCAGGAGCAUCGGCAGGCAUGAGCUCCGCAACCUGGACCCCUUCCUCCUGCUCGACGAGUUCACAGUCUACAAGCCCGCCGGGUUUCCCGACCACCCCCACAGAGGAUUCGAGACCGUCACCUACAUGCUCGAGGUUCGUUGCGUCUGCUCAACUCAAUGCUUCGCUCCUCUUCUCUUCUGUUCAACGCACGCGAGCUGUUCGCUCAAACGUCCCCAUCCUUGUGGUUCCGGUUAUUGGCUGCUGCAGGGGGCAUUCACCCACCAGGACUUCGCUGGGCACAAGGGCACCAUCAAGACAGGGGACGUGCAGUGGAUGACGGCGGGGCGAGGCAUCGUGCACUCGGAGAUGCCGGCGGGGGACGGCGUGCACAAGGGCCUGCAGCUCUGGAUCAACCUCUCCUCCAAGGACAAGAUGAUCGAGCCGCGGUACCAGGAGCUGGAGAGCAAGGACAUCAGCCGCGGGGAGAGCGAGGACGGCGGCGUGGAGGCCCGCGUCAUUGCCGGGGAGGCCCUCGGCGCGGCGUCCCCCGUGUACACGCGCACCCCCACCAUGUACGUGGACUUCACCAUGCGUCCCGGGUCUCGCCUGCACCAGCCCGUCCCGGAGGGCUGGAACGCCUUCGUCUACGUCGUCGACGGCGAGGGCGUGUUCGGGCGGGAGACGGCCACGGCGCACUACUGCCUCGUCCUCGGCCCCGGCGACGGCGUCAGCGUGUGGAACAGGUCCACCAGGCCGCUGAGGUUCGUCCUCGUCGCCGGGCAGCCGCUCGGCGAGCCCGUGGUGCAGCACGGGCCCUUCGUCAUGAACUCGCGCGCCCAGAUUCAGAAGGCCAUGGAGGACUACUACUAUGGCAAGAACGGCUUCGAGAGGGCCGGACAGUGGAGCUCCUCCGCCUGAUCGGCGAGGCGGGGAGCCGAUGGCGCCAAAUUAAUCUCCCGUGCAAACUAAAUAUACUUUAUUAAAUUUGUUAGGGUGCUGAGUUUGACUAUUUUUUAGCAACUACACUUGUAUUGGUAGUAUGUCAUCUAGUAUGGCGAAUUGGAUAUUGUAAUAAACAGUAAGGAAAAUUGAUAGUCUCAAUAAACCAUUGUAUUUGUAGCAUAUGGAAAAUUGUAUAUCAAGGCCAUUUGUGGGUGAUUGCUGUUUUCCAGUCUAAAGUAUCAGUUAUUUA